AUGUGGCGACAAAUUCAAAAUGUUGGUCUAGUCGAAAAUUAUAUUAAUAAUGCUAACUUUGCUCUUCAUAUUCGUAUGCUAGCUGCUUUGGACUAUGUUCCACCAGAUAACGUUAUUAAUGCACACGAAGAAAUUUUAGAAACACAAUUUUAUGUUGAAAAUGAAGACCUGGUAAUGCCAUUCUUGGAUUAUUUCGAGGAUAACUGGGUAGGAAAAAUAACAGGAAGACGAAAAACUCGACGACAUCCUAUUGAUAUUUGGAAUUGUCACUAUUCAGCCAAAAAUGGUCUUCCAACAACAAACAACGCUGUUGAAGGGUGGCACAGAGGAUUUACAUCUGUUAUUGGAGCAAGCCACUCUAAUAUAUGGAAAUUCAUGGAUGGAAUUAAGAAAGUUCAAAAUAUAGAAGAAUUAAAACGAGAGCAGUAUAAUGCUGGAGAACAACCACAGAAAAAAAAAGUACAAGGACUGUAA